GAGGCCAUGGAGUCGCUGUCGGUCCCCGCUGGCCUGGAUCUGGUGUCCGGCGGCGGCCUGGGACUGAGCCCGGAGAAGCGGGCGGCGCUGGGGACCUCGCUGGUGCUCCUGCAGCGCGACUACCGCUUCCAGCGGGUCUGGUUCUGGGGCUGCAUUCAGGGCGUGCGCGGCGCCUACUAUAUCGCCGAGGGGCUGGGCCCAGACCUCGCUGCCCCCCGCAGCCGCCUCUACAGCUUGAACUGUGUGGAGUGGAACCUCCUGCCACCAGCGACCAAGGAGAUGGUUGCUCAGGCUGAGCAGCUGACGGGCCGUUUCCAGGGGGAUCCUUCUUUUGAGUAUGAGAACCCUGAGGCAGAUGCAGAAGAUGCUGAAGGAGUGGCUGAAGUUGCUAAGGAGUCCAUAAUGAAGGAGGAGGCCCGUCUAGUAGCUACAAUUGAUCAGAUAGACAGAGCAGUUGGUAUCAUCCCUCGGGGGGCAUUGAUGAAGACUCCUCUUGGGUCUGUGUGUGAAAACAGAAACUUUGAAGGUCUUUCUUUGACAGAAGCAAAAAAGCUAAGUUCCUAUUUCCAUUUUACUGAGCCUGUUAACCUGAAGAAUAAAACCCUGCUGGAAAAGGCUGACUUGGACCCAUCCACUGACUUUCUAGACUCGCUGGAGCAUGAUAUCCCACAAGGGUCCUGGACUGUCCAGCUAGAGAGAGGAGACAGUGUGGUGGUGCUACGAAGCCUGCUGUGGCUGGGACUGACAUUCUACCACGUCCCAAUGACCAAGCAGUACGGCUACCUCUACUUUGGCACUGGUGAGAAGAAUUUAGAUCUGCCCUUCAUGCUGUGA